GCAUUUUUUUUAAGUUUCUGUGUUCAUUUAUCAAUAUAAGCAAAUGUCUGUUGCUGGGCUUCGGGAGCUCUUACUUUCAUUUAAGAAGGCUACCGGACAAAAACCACUAAGGAUAAUCUUUUACAGAGAUGGGGUCAGUGAGGGCCAAUUCUAUCAGGUUCUAUUAUAUGAACUCGAUGCCAUUCGUAAGGCUUGUGCAUCACUAGAACCUGGUUAUCAACCUCCAGUAACAUUUAUUGUGGUUCAAAAGAGGCACCACACUAGGCUAUUUCCAAGCAAUCACAAUGACAGAAGCAGCAUCGACAAGAGUGGGAAUAUUUUACCUGGUACCGUGGUGGACUCUAAGAUCUGUCAUCCUACCGAGUUUGACUUCUUUUUAUGCAGUCAUGCAGGAAUCCAGGGGACUAGUCGACCUGCUCAUUAUCAUAUUCUCUGGGAUGAAAAUAAUUUCAGUGCUGAUGAGAUACAAUCUCUGACAAACAACCUCUGCUACACGUAUGCUCGGUGUACGCGAUCAGUUUCAGUAGUGCCCCCGGCUUAUUAUGCUCAUCUAGCAGCCUACCGAGCACGAUUCUACAUCGAACCUGAAGCCUCAGAAAAUGCUAAAGCACGAUGCACACGCACAACCAGUGGAUCCUGUGUCCGCCCUCUACCGGCGUUAAAAGAGAGGGUGAAGAGUGUGAUGUUCUACUGUUAGCGGGGAGAUCAAUUAGCAAAUGGUGCAGUGUCUAAAGCAAAGUGAAAGACCAAAAUCUGUACAGUACAUGCAUGUAGUUUUCGUCCGUAGAAAGGUUAUGCACUGAAAAUUUUGAAAGUGCAACCAAACAGCGUUUCCCCACUGACUGUAACUCUUAACAGAAGGCUAACAAAAGUAGAGUCCCAUUUGUAUCUUAGACUUUACCUUUUGGCUAGGAUUAACUAUUUAGGAAACACAGGACUUUCUUAGCUCUCAAUCUUUUUAAGAAUUCAAACUUAAGAACUUUCAAAACUUCCAUCGUUCUCCUAAAGAUUUGUCAAGAUAAUUUUCCCUCGGUAAUCAGUAUGAACUUGAAUAUUUAACAUUAAAUCCAGCAGACAAAU